AUGACGAUACACGGCAUGUUUCGGCGCAUUGUGCGCAAUGAUGCUAUUCAUGUUGAUCCGCCCGAGAUUUACAACUGGCGUGUCAUUGCCUUGACAGCUUCGGCGUGUUUUGCUGGAGCGCUGUUUGGAGUUGAUGCAGGUAUCAUUGGUGGCGUGCUGGCUAUGCCAGACUUCAAGCGGGAGUUUGGUCUUGACACUCGGCCGAAAGAAGACGCAGCUGAUCUAGCAGGAAACCUCGUCACGACAAUGCAAGCCGGUGCUAUCGCUGGAGCUCUCCUGUCCAGUCCAUUUGCUGAUCGCAAGGGUCGAAAGCCAGCGCUACUCCUUGUUGCGGUGACGGGUUUCGUUGGCGGUAUCAUGCAAGCCUUCUCUUACGGUCAUCUCUCAGUCUUUUACAUUGGACGAUUCGUUGAAGGCGUUGGUCUUGGGGCAGGAACAAUGCUCGCACCAACAUACGUCUCCGAAAACUCCCCACGCGCCAUCCGCGGCUUUCUCGUGGGCUUCUUCCAACUCCUCCUCGUCCUCGGCGGCAUGACAGCCUAUUUCAUCAACUACGGCUCCCUUCUGCAUCUCCCCGGCAAAGCGACAUGGAUGGUCCCCCUGGGAUGCCAAUCCAUCUGUCCAGCAUUGCUCUUCUUCAGCAUGCUCUUCUGUCCAGAAUCGCCACGCUGGCUAGCUUCGCGAGAUCAGUGGGAGAAGGCCGGAGCUGUGUUGUCAGAUGUGAGAAAGUUGCCUGUCGACCAUGCGUAUAUUCAACAGGAAUUGUUGGAACUGAAAACGCAGAUUGAUCAGGAGAGGGAGAUCAUGCAGGACACGGGGUUUUGGGCAAUUCAGAAGGAGUGUUGGACUUUACCUUGGAAUAGGAAGAGGGCACUCUUGACGGUGGCUAUUGUUACGCUUGGGCAGUGGACUGGCACUGGUGCUAUCAACUACUACGCACCUACAAUCUUCAGUGGAUUGGGCCUUAGCAGCACGACAACUGCACUGUUCGCACAGGGAAUCUACGGCGUCGUCAAAGUUGUUACAUGCUUGAUCUUUAUCUUCUUCCUCGCCGAUUCCCUCGGCCGUCGCAAGUCAUUCAUGUUCGGCGGUGCAAUCCAAGCAUUCUGCAUGUUCUUUGUCGGUUUUUAUCUCCGCUUCGGUCCUGAACCUGGAGAAGGAGACCAUCCUCCUCCGGCGGGUAUCGCUGCUUUGGCGAUGAUAUAUAUCUUUGCUGCCGCUUUCAACAUGAGUUGGGGCCCUGUUUCAUGGAUCUAUGUCUCUGAAAUUCCAACGAAUCGACUUCGUGCAUACAACGUUGCUCUCGCAUCCUUCACUCACUGGGUGCACAACCUUGCAGUAUCAAAAUCAACGCCAGUCAUGCUUCUGCACGAUCCCUGGAGAGCAUACUUCAUCUUUGGAUCGUUCAACCUGUUCAUGGCAAUUGCUGCAUACUGGAUUCCAGAGACCAAGGGUAUCUCACUGGAACGCAUGGAUGAAGUCUUUGGUGUCGCAGACUUUUCCAAUGUCGAGGACGUCGGCAUCGCAGCACGCCGCGCAAAGCGAAUCGAUGACGAAGACGUGGAAGACAUCCAAGCCCCCAACAAAUCUUAA